CUUAGUGUUGGUGAGAUGGAUUAGUUAAUAAGAUUUGCCUUCCUUAACAUACUGUACAACAAUCCAACUAAAUAUGCGUUGCCUAAUUUUAAAGAGCCAGAGAGGCACACAACUCAAGUUUGCAAAUCCUGCUGAGAAAUUCUUGCACAGCCUCUCAAAUAAACCAACCAAACAGACCUUUCCUCUCAAUAUAAUCUCCCUUGCUCCCCCUCUCCUCCUCAUCAGCCUUGGGCCUAAUAACCCAAACAAUGAAGGCUGCCUAUUUUCUAGUUUUCUUUUUUCUCUUCUCCUCCUUCUCAUCUUUCUCUUCUGCUCUAACUGAUGCUGAAGCGUCCUUCGUUGCCCAUCGCCAGCUCCUACAUUUUCACGCAAGCUAUGACCUGCGCGGCGACCAUGAAUAUGAAGUUGAGUUGAACUUAAAGUUUCCACAUCCCAGGCUUAGAAGUGCAUACGUUGCACUUCAAGCUUGGAAAAAGGCCAUAUACUCAGACCCUCUUAAAACUACUGAGAACUGGGUUGGUGCUAAUGUUUGUGCUUACACUGGAGUAUUUUGUGCCCCGGCUCUUGAUGACCCACAGUUAGAGGUUGUGGCUGGCAUUGACAUCAACCACGCAGACAUUGCAGGGUACCUUCCUGUUGAAUUAGGCAUGUUGAGUGACAUUGCCGUGUUCCACAUCAACACGAACAGGUUCUGUGGUAUCAUCCCUAAGAGCUUUGCUAGGCUAACUCUUCUCCAUGAGCUCGACGUUAGCAACAACCGCUUUGUGGGAUCGUUCCCAGAGGUGGUCCUGCAAAUUCCAAACCUCAAGUACCUUGACCUCCGGUUCAAUGACUUUGAGGGGAAAUUGCCUCCUGAGCUCUUCAACAAGGAAUUGGAUGCCCUGUUCUUGAACAACAACAGGUUCACAUCCACCAUCCCUGACACUCUGGGCAACUCCCCCAUCUCUGUUCUCGUGGUCGCAAACAAUCAUCUCGAGGGCUGCAUCCCUAAUAGCAUUGGAAAGAUGGUAAACAAUUUAAAUGAGGCCAUCUUCUCCCACAACAAGUUUGCUGGGUGUUUACCUCCUGAAAUUGGGUACCUCUCAAACGUGACUGUGUUUGAUGUUAGUUCAAACACAUUGAGUGGGCUCCUGUCCAAGACUUUCAAAGGCCUUGAGAAGGUGGAGGAGUUGAACAUUGCACACAACAUGCUAACUGGGUUUGUUCCCGAGAGUCUCUGCAAGUUACCUAGCUUGGGAAAUUUUACGUUUUCCUACAACUACUUCAACGGCGAGGAUCAGAAAUGUGUGCCAUCUUCUCGGAUGGACACACUGUUUGAUGACACAAGCAACUGCUUACCAGAUAGGCCUAAGCAGAAGUCAGCAAAACAAUGUCAAGUUGUGGUGAACAAGCCAGUGGAUUGUGGCAGGGCAAAGUGCGGAGGUGGAUCAGGACCUUCAAAACCUUCUUCGCCUGCACCCAAGGAGGAGCCACCCAAACAACAGCCUCCCAAAGAGGAACCACCCCAAGAACAACCGGCCCAAGAAGAAACUCCCACACUAGAGCCACAACUACCUAAACCAGAGCCAUCUCCGGAGCCAGUUCCAGAGACUCCAGAACCAGUUGCUAGCCCCCCUCAAGUGGUUGUAGCACCAUCACCACCCCCACCCACACCCACAAGGCAAAGUCCUAUUGUUCCGAUUCGCCCUCACUCACCACCAAUUCACUCUCCACCACCACCAGUCAACUCACCCCCACCACCUGUCCACUUUCUUCCAGCACCCGUAGCAACACCGCUAUCGCCCACACCCACACCCACACGACAAAGUCCCAUCGUUCCAAUUCGACCCAACUCAGCACCACCUCCAGUCAACUCACCCCCACCACCUGUCCACUCUCCUCCACCACCCGUAGCAACAUCGCCAUCGCCCGCACCCACACGACAAAGUCCUAUUGUUCCAAUUCACCCCGACUCACCACCACCCCCAAUCAACUCACCCCCACCACCUGCCCACUCUCCUGCACCACCCGUAAUAACACCACCAUCGCCAGCACCCAUAGGGCAAAGUCCCAUUGUUCCAAUUCGACCUAACCCACCAUCAAUUCACUCUCCUCCACCACUAAUCAACUCUCCACCACCACCACCAAUCUCCUCGCUCCCACCACCAGUCCAAUCGCCUCCUCCACUGGUCCACUCUCCACCACCACCUGUUCACUCACCUCCUCCACCAGUUCACUCUCCACCACCACCAGUCAACUCACCCCCUCCACUAGUCCACUCACCUCCUCCACCAGUGCAUUCACCUCCACCUCCAGUCCAAUCUCCACCUCCCCCAGUCCACUCUCCUCCACCACCAUUCAACUCACCCCCACUACUAGUCCACUCUCCACCACCCCCAGUCCACUCUCCUCCACCACCAGUCAACUCACCCCCACCGCCAGUCCACUCUCCACCCCCCCCAGUCCACUCACCCCCACCCCCAAUCCACUCCCCCCCCCCCCCACCCCCCUCCCCCCCCCCCCCAGCCAACCCCCCCCCACCGCCAGUUCACUCGCCUCCUCCACCAGUGCAUUCACCUCCACCACCAGUUCACUUUCCACCACCACCAGUCCACUCUCCUCCACCACCAAUCAACUCGCCCCCACCACCAGUACAAUCUCCUCCACCUCCAGUUCACUCUCCACCACCCCCAGUUAACUCUCCACCACCACCAGCACCGAUCUACUCACCGCCACCUCCAGUCCAAUCACCACCACCACCCACCCAGUCUCCACCCCCUCCAGAAAACUCCCCUCCACCACCUUCUCCUUCUCUUUCACCUCCUCCUCCUGUUGUCUCAUCACCCCCUCCAGUAGAUGACUUUGUUUUGCCACCAAACUUCGGCUCCCAAUACUCAUCUCCACCUCCACCAAUGUUCCCAGGUUACUAAGCAUUAUGACAUCAGACCCUUCAAAAAGCAACUGUUUUUAA